UGUCUACAUGUCUGUCUUUCUGCCUGCUUGUCUGCAUAUCUACCUGUCUUUCUGCCUGUCUGUCUGCCUCUCUACCUGUCUUGCUUCCUGUCUGUCUACCCGUCUGUCUGCCUGUGGGCCGGGUCAUGGGGCUCCAGCGGUGCGCCCCCUUCCUUAAACCCGCAGCUGGAUUUCUCUCUUCAGCAUCGCGGAGGCGGACGCACAGAGCCGCUAACAACAUGGCGGAAGAGGCGAAGAAACUGGCCGCUUACGCCGCCGUGGACAACCACGUCCAGAACAACCAGGUGGUUGGGGUUGGCAGCGGAUCGACCAUUGUCUACGCUGUGGACAGACUGGCUGAGAGAGUGCGUCAGGAGAAGCUCAACAUCGUGUGCGUGCCCACCUCCUUCCAGGCUCGUCAGCUGAUUCUGCAGCACGGCCUCACGCUGUCGGACCUGGACAGGCACCCAGAGCUGGACGUGGCCAUCGACGGCGCGGACGAAGUGGACGCCGACCUCACGCUGAUAAAAGGUGGAGGCGGCUGCCUGACGCAGGAGAAGAUCGUGGCCGGCUGCGCUAAGCAUUUCGUCGUCAUCGCGGACUACAGGAAGGACUCCGAGGCUCUGGGCCAGCAGUGGAGGAAAGGAGUCCCCAUCGAGGUGAUCCCCAUGGCGCACGUUCCCGUCUCCAGGACGAUAGCCAAGCGCUUCGGAGGGGAGGCCAACCUCCGGAUGGCUGUCAGCAAGGCGGGUCCUGUGGUCACUGACAACAGCAACUUCAUCCUGGACUGGAAGUUUGAGCGCGCUGACAACUGGAAGGAGGUCAACACGGCGAUCAAGAUGAUUCCAGGCGUGGUGGAGACGGGGCUUUUCGUCGGCAUGGCAGAACGGGCUUACUUCGGGAUGGAGGACGGCAGCGUGCAGGUCCGAGAUCCUCGGGUCAUCUGAGGAGCUCCUUGGAGCCACUUGUUCUCAAACGAACUCACAAGUGCCGUGUUUGGGACGGAGCUUCGCGGCCCGGACGAGCGCCGUCUCUGGGAACCUUUCACACA